AUGAGUUCGUGGCUUCAGCGCCAGGCUGGCUCUCACAAUGUCCAGCUUGCCGCUGCGGCGGUCCUGUCGGGAGCUGCUGUCGCUGCAGGCAUAUUUGGUUUCCAAUCCUACCAAAGACGUGAAGCUGUCGAAAGAUUGAAAAAAUCUAUCCCAGGAAUUGAUGAACGCCACCACGCCGAAGUGCUGACCGAGUACGGGACUGCUGGUCCAUUGCAAAAAUUGAGCCCGGAAGAUGAACGCAGUGCGGCACUUGCACGACGGGCGCAGCAAGGAGAUUACGAUGAGGACCUCAUUCUUGAACAGCUUGCACGGAAUCGCGUUUUCCUGACUGACGAUGGCCUUGCAAAGCUCCGUUCUUCGUUUAUUGUUGUGGUCGGUUGUGGUGGUGUUGGGUCGCACGCAACAGUAGCUCUCGCCCGCUCGGGAGUUUCAAAAAUCCGUCUCAUUGACUUUGACCAAGUGACGCUCUCAUCGCUAAAUAGACAUGCGGUCGCUACAUUGGCAGACGUGGGCACCCCGAAAGUUCAGUGCAUCCGACGACGGUUGGAGCAGAUCGUGCCGUGGGUGCAGCUAGACUGCAGAAAUGAGCUCUACGGCGCCGAUGUUUCCGACAGACUCCUGGCUCCUUGGUCACUUGGUAGAGUUACGGGACAGAAGCCAGAUUAUGUUAUUGACUGUAUCGACAAUAUCGACUCCAAGGUGGAGUUACUACAAUAUUGUCAUUCAAAUAAAAUUCCCGUUAUCUCAUCGAUGGGCGCCGGCUGCAAGUCUGAUCCUACAUGUAUUGGGGUUGCGGACAUAUCUGCUAGCACAGAGGAUCCGCUAUCGCGCGCUACUCGUCGCCGUUUACGACUACUUGGCGUGAGCACCGGUAUUCCGGUUGUCUUUUCUACUGAGAAACCGGGACCUGGGAAGGCAUCUCUAUUGCCGCUCCCGGAAGAAGAAUUUGCCAAGGGAAAGGUGGGCGAACUCGGUGUCUUACCCGACUUUCGGGUACGAAUUCUCCCUGUUCUGGGGACAAUGCCAGCUGUAUUUGGCUACACCAUUGCCAACCAUGUCAUCUGCCAUGUCUCCAACUACCCCAUCGAUUAUAGUCUUGCAAGUAAAGGAAAGGACGGGGUCAAUGAUACGGUCUUCAAUCAGCUGCGAGGUUUGAUAGAGAGACUGGUGAGAGCUGAGGAUGGGAAUCUACAACUCCAAGGAAUGCGCCUGCCACUCAGCCGGGACGACGUCGGAUAUAUGCUCGAUGAGAUCUGGCGAGGACGAAGUGCAAUUAGCGGACUUCCAAGCCGACUGGCCCUUGUUCCCUGGGAGCGGCCUGCCACGGGAUUCAGAAUUGAUCCGCAAUGGGAACGAGAGGGACAGAAGCUGGUCAGGGUGGGCGUGCAGAACCUGGUCUGUAUGACCAAGGAAGAAUCGGCCCGGCAUGAGAGGGAAGUCCUCCGAGGCGGCAAGCGCGUAGAAGAUGUGUACGAUGAAAAGCAGCUGCAGUCAGUACGGGCUCGAUUGAAAGAGGCAGAGAUAUAUGAGCGAAAUCGUGUGCCCCAGGCCAGCAGCUGCAUCGGCCGCAGGCCCUUGAUCGACUAUGUGAAGAAUAGCUGGGAUAGCUCGAGUUCGCAGCGUCGUACGAGUUCGAUUUCCUCGUCCAGCUCCUCCGAGUUUCAUGGGCCCCAAUCGGCUCGUCAUAUUCUGUCCAUGAUAUCAGCACCAAAGUUCAGACGGUACCUGAUCGUUUACGUCAUCCUCGUCGUAUCAUUUUACUUUGGAUGGAAUUCCUACCUACAGCCAAUGCUGGAAGAGAGAGCCGGCCUAGUCAGGGCCCUGGAUGUGGCGACAAUGAACCAGGCUGGGGGUUGGUUUGGUACAAAUACGAGGCCAGAGUUUGCAGAUAUGGUGCCAAUAAGAAGUCUUGACCCGGCUUUGCUACCUGCGUCUGAAAAGGCGGUACUAGUGGAACGUCUGCUGGAGAAGGUGUCUUUUAAUCGGGAAAACGGAGACCACCUCGUAUUUACAGGUGAUCUUAUACACAAGGGCCCUGAUAGUAGCGGCGUAGUAGACAUUGCGCGCGGAUUACAAGCUUCUUGCGUGCGCGGAAACCACGAGGACCGCAUUCUGCUUUUGCGAUCGCAAAUGAAAAUCGAUAAUACUUUUAAUAAUCCCGAAAAGGACUAUAACCAAAUCGACAUCUCUCAGCGCAAAGUUGCCAGAGAAUUGAGCGACGAACAAGCUUUAUGGCUACAGCAGUGUCCGGUCAUUUUGAAAAUCGGACAAGUUAGCGGCAUGGGCGAUGUGGUAGUCGUCCAUGGUGGUUUAGUCCCAGGCGUGAACCUCGAUCGGCAGGAUUUAUCGAGUGUCAUGACGAUGAGAUCAAUUGACUCGGAAACCCAUGUUCCGAGCGCGAAAAAAGAAGACGGUUUGCUGUGGACCAAGCUCUUUAAUAAAUACCAAGAACUUCUCUCAGAACAUAUUGCAAAAUCAGUCAGUGGUGUCUACGGCGCCGUGUCUCGCACAACGACUGUUGUCUACGGCCACGAUUCCUCUACAUCCCUCAAUAUACAACGGUACACCAAAGGUCUCGACUCGGGAUGCGUGUAUGGUCGCAAGCUAAGCGCACUCGUCAUUGAAAAUGGCGGGAAGAACAAGAUUGUACAAGUGAAAUGCAAUAAAUAUAUGAAUCCAUAG